AACAAAACAAAAUCAUAAGGGAUUAGGGUUUAGCCGUUUCUCCGAUUAAGCCUCUGACAUGGUUGAAGCGGAAGCUUCCGGCGAAGGGAAUGGAUCGAGCAGCAUACUCUCGCAGAAGAGACCACGUUGUUCUUCGAUAUCUCCCGGCGAUGGAGCGAAGAGAGUGGGAACAGAGGAUAAGAGACUCUCGACGACGCUGCUCGAUCUGAGUAUUCUCGACUGUCCCAUCUGCUUCGAAGCAUUUACGAUUCCUAUCUUCCAGUGUGAUAACGGGCACUUGACUUGCUCUUCUUGCUGUCCCAAACUGAGUGAUAAAUGCCCUUCUUGUUCUUCGCCAAUCGGCCGCAUUCGCUGCAAAGCAAUGGAGAGUGUUCUUGAAUCGAUCUUUAUCCCAUGCCCAAAUGCAAAGUUUGGAUGCACCAAGAAAGUCUCUUACGGAAAAGAAUCAACCCAUGAGAAGGAAUGCACCUUCUCUCUUUGCUCCUGCCCAGUGCUUGACUGCAAUUACACUGGAUCAUACAAGGAUCUCUACGAUCACUAUAAAUUUAUCCACCUGGAUUGUUACGUGGAUAUAGUGCUUAAUACGUUCAGUUUUGGCAAUUCCUUUCGUGCCUACAUGAAUAUCAGCGAUAAGAUAUUGCUUAGACUGGACCAUACAAGGAGUCUAUUGUUUGUAGUGCAGUGUUUUAGGGAGCCGUAUGGUGUGUAUGUAACUGUAAGAUGCAUUGCACCAUCUGCUCCAGAAGUAGGAGAGUUCUCAUAUCAUAUCUCAUACACGAGCGUGGAUGAACACACUAUGAUUUACAAAUCACCAGUGGUGAAGAGGAUUCGUGAAGUGAGUUUUCAAACCCCUCAAGAAAAUUCCAUGUUGUUGAUCCCACUCGGUUGCUUAAAUGGUGACUCGUUGGAGAUGGAUAUUUGCAUCAAGAAGAAGACUAACCAAGAAUAAGAAGCUUGCGGUAUAGAAGAGGGCCCUUUUUGUCGUCUGUAAGUUUUAACCUAACAAGCUAAGAUCAGAUCUAGUUGCUAUAUGUAAGUUUUUGACCUGGCGAACUAAGAUCAGAUCUAGUUGCUAUAUGUAAGUUUUUGACCUGGCGAACUAAGAUCAGAUCUAGUUGCUAUAUGUAAGUUUUUGACAUGGCGAACUAAGAUAAGAUCUUGUUGCUAUAUGUAAGC